UUCUUCUUCUUCUUCUUAUAUUAUAUCCUAUUCCUCACAAAACCCUUAUUAUUCCCUUGCCUCCACUGCAAAAGUCAUGGAUUCCAGCACCCUUUUCUCUCCCAAGAAACAAGAAUCCACAUCCUCAACCAGCAAACCUUCAUCUCGCCGGAUUCUUUCUCCCGCGAAAACAAACUCGGGUACUUCUAGGGUUAUUGAGAAGUUGUCAUCUGAACUACUGCAGACUCAAGAAUCGCUUCUAGGUACCUCAUUUCCAUCAUAUUCUCCUAGACAACAUGUUAAUGAUGGUAACAGUAAUAGCAAUAAUAAGGAAGACAAGGAGGGUGCGUGGACGCAUAAUAAGGAUAACGGAAGAGAAAGGCUGAAGAGGCAUAGGGAAGAGGUGGCAGGAGAAGUGAGGAUACCAGAUAAAUGGAGUCAAGAGAGUUUACUUAGAGAUUGGAUGGAUUACUCUUCUUUUGAUAAGUUGCUGGCACCUAAAGGACUUUCCUUAGCUCGUGAAGCAUUGAUAGCUGAAGCACAUAGAGGUGGAAGCAGCUCCUCUCAGAGAUUGAGGAUAGGCAGCAGGUGUUUUUGAUGAAUUAAUUUUUCUUUUCUUUUUUUUCAUUUUUUAUAGAUCGAUGUAGCUAGACUGUUCGUGUAAUCAUCAUUAAUCCCUGUAUGAAAUCUCGAGUUUUCAGCGGUCAUGGUUGCAAAUAAAUAAAAAUCGAUGCAUGCGAGCCUUCAAUAUCA